UAGAUCCAAAAAUGCAUGAACUUUUUUUAAAUGCACAAGAAAUAACUUUGAUGGGGUUUUCAAAAAUAUUUACAUGCUAUAAUCUUAGUAUAUCCCGACUCAUUGCCAUUCAAUGCCAGGAUGUUUAUAAAAUUGAUUCUCGGAAUACAAAAAGUCAUCGUAAACGUGAUGUAGUAGUGCAUAAGUUAUCAGAAAAUCAAAGCAAAGAAAUACAUAAACAGCGAAUAAAUAAUACCUUGACAGACGAUCAGGUUGAAGAUAACACAAUACAGCAACAAGAAGAUUUGGCUGAAUAUAAACGUCAACGCAGACAUAUGGCUGUUGAAGUUUUGAGGCAACUUCAAGAUUUUAGCAAUGAUUGGGAUAUGCAACGUGUUCGAAUAUAUUGGAAUAAUCAUCAUAAGUGGACAUGA